UGCUUCUCUUCGAAGUGAUAAGACAGUUUUAUGGGCUCGUUAUUUGGACUAGAAAUCUUCAUUGGCUUUAAGWCUUGAUUCAAAAGUCACCGAAUACUUUGGUAGGCUUUCAGAGGCAAAAAACUUCAAAAUAGUAUCAAGCGCACAACAUGAGCGAGCAUUUGUUUGAGCGAUCGGCUUCGUCGUUAAGCCAGAGUUUUUCCACAGCAACGGAGGAAAAAGAAGUGCCUUGCUUAACCGUUUCUGUUACUAUCAAACCGGGAAUUGAAAAAGAAUUAUCACAGAAAACUGAAGUUGUUCACAGUGAAAAUGAAGAGUCCACCAGAGCAGAGGAAAAUACAGCUUUAGAAAGUCAAACCGUGAUCAACAUGGGUUCCAAAGGUGAAAUUGUGAGAGAGAAAGAUACGAGACCAUGCAGCAGCGAAGGAAUGAAAACAGAACUAAAAGGCUGGAAAGGUUACGGCAGUAAUAUCUAUAUCCAACCAAUUAUUGUCAAUACUGCCAACGAAGAACAUUGUCUACAAUGUAAGCAAGCAACUAGACGUCGACGAAAUACGACCAUAAACGAACUCCGAAGGCAAAUGCAAUUACGACAAGCUUCCGACUGGGUCACGAAGCACAACCAACGAAUUUUUCUCAAAGGAUCGUUAAAGAUCGGAGACAUUGUGAGCGAUUCCCGAAGGAGUUCGUCAACGUCUUCAAAAGCUAGUUCUUCGAGGGAAAUGUCGCCACCACGGCUGCCACGGACUGAUGGCAUGCCUAAAAAGAAAACCAGACUUGCUAAAGGAUUUGUGUGUAGAACCUGGACACGAGACUACUUACCAGACCUACCACGGCCAGACUGUUCACUUAAAGAAACUUUGUCAGUGCGUUCCUAUGUUAACAUAUCAAAUCCAUUUUGGCAGCAAACGCAAAAAAAGAGCAAUAAAACGGCAAAGAAUGAAAUACUCUUCAACAAGAACAGUACAGAAGGCGAUGCAAGAAAUGAUAUUCACGAAUUUCAGGUCAACGAAACUUGCGAUGUAACGGAACACAACGAAACUGCGAAAUUCAUUGAAAUUCCUUCUGAAACAGUMAAAUGUGCUYAAACGCAAGACGAGUCUUCCACCARCUCAGAGUCCUCUAUUGCAGAGUCAGUAAAUUUGGCAGAUUAUCUCUUCAAGAGCGUGUCACUUCAUGACAAUAAAAAUUCAAAAUGUAAAGAAAAAUCAUGUGAAUGUUUGAAAAACUUCCAAGAAUCUUCUCACGAAAAUUUUCCUAAGGUCGAGCAGGUGGAGUUCGAGAACAACACUAAAGUCGUAGAAAAAUCUCUCUGUAACAGAGACUCGAACUCAUUCCCUCCGAUUGCGUCCAAUAGCGCCGGCAAGGCAAUGGAUGCGCCGAGGAGUAGCAGAGUUCAUCGGCCGAACACAGUUAAUUUGACUUUUGCAAAACUAACGUCUAGACCAAAAGGUGCCGGAGACAUGGUCAAGCGAAGCCAAUCGUCAAAACCUUCUCAAUCGACGUUUUGAUUGGUCAUCAUUGUAAAUCAUAUGUAAUAUACAGAAUAAAAUCAUCAC